ACUAAAGAAUAACACCACGCCGUCGUUUUGAUUUAGUAACCUCAAAACGGGCUCGUGAGGUCGUCUCGUUCUCCGCAGUUCUCUCAGUAAUAAAUCCAGUUAAUUCAUCCUCCAUUGAUUAUCCGAAGCUUAACCGCUCUCAAGAGCCUGAGAUUGAGAAAAUAUGGAGGAAAUGUUGGCAAUUUUUCUUUCCAUGCUUCUUGUUUUGGGAUUAAUUCCACUAUAUCUAUGGAAACGCCGCCAAGAUUCUCGACCGCCACAUGAACACGAAGAAGAACCUCAGGUUGCUCAGAGGGAGGCGGUAGUGCGUGCGCCUGGCGGUCGCCGGAUGCGUAGGAGGCCGGCUUCUGGAGCAAGCACAUCAUCAGCUGCUGCACCAGCUGUAGAAGAAACCAUUGAUGGAAGUGACGAGGAAGAUGUUGAGGGUGAGUAUGAAGACAAAGCAUCCAAGAAGAGGGAAAAGAAGCGUCAAGAGCGGGAAGCACAACGACAAGCUGAACAAGCUGCACGUGAAUCAAGGGUAACAAAACAAGACCGCUAUGCUGAAAUGCGGAGGAGGAAAGAUGAGGAGCGUGAGGCACAGGAGCGUCAGCUGGAGGAAGAAGCCAAGGCUCAAAAGGCUAGGGAGGAGGAAGCUGCUGCUUUAGAGUUUGAAAAGUGGAAAGGUGAGUUUUCAAUAGACGCUGAAGGUACUACAGAAAAUGAAGUGCAGGAUGGACGUCAGGAUUUGCUGUCUGAUUUUGUGGAAUACAUAAAGAAACAUAAAUGCAUUCCCUUGGAAGAUCUUGCUGCUGAAUUUAAGUUAAGGACUCAGGAAUGCAUCAAUCGAAUUACCAAUCUGGAGAGUAUGGGGCGACUUUCGGGAGUCAUGGAUGACAGAGGGAAGUACAUAUACAUCUCCCAAGAAGAGAUGCAAGCUGUGGCAGACUACAUCAAGCGUCAAGGAAGGGUAAGCAUUUCGCAUCUCGCUAGCAAGUCCAACCAGUUCAUAGACUUGGAGCCCAAAGCGCAGUUUGUUGAAGAAACCGGUACUGGGGCGGAGUUAACUGUUGCGUGAUUUGGUUAAAGUACUUAUGUAAAGGACAAUUACAAACUUAAUGAAAAUCGUGCACGCUGAGUUAAGUUAA